AAAUUUCUUUAUUUUGGACUUGGAUAUCCACAUCACUUAAGCAGGGAUACAGCUAUAAAACAGAUGGCAGCUCUUUUUCCAAAUGGUACGGAUGAGAAGUGCUCUUGUACUAAAGCAUUUAAUUUACAUUAUGAGGGUUUUACAGAUUACACAACUAUGGACUGUGUGAGAUAUCAACAUAGCUCUCCAUAUAGAGGUGCUUUGGCACACCUACUGGACUACCAACAGGCUGUUAGACCGACUGCUCAGAUCUGCCACUCUCAUACAAGCGUAUGGCGGGAACUGAAUAAUAUUUUACAACAUAACGAUCGGGGAGAACGUUGUUUGGAGAACUUGAUAAGCCAUUUGUAUGUUUCUGUAUUCCAUCAAGGAGACCCAUGUUCUUGCCACGCCGUUUCUACGACUACAAAGGCAACGACACAACCUUCCACAGCAACUAUUACGACGACAACAUCCACAACAACAACCACAUUACCUUCAACAACAACAACCACCACUCUACCCACAACAACAAACUCACCAUCGACAACAACAGCAACCACAAGUAAACCAACUAUCACAUCAACAGAAACAACAAAUAGUCAUUCUACGACUACUAGUAAAUCUAGUUCUUCAACACCAACAGUCUCCUCAACCUUAGGUCAAUCAACUGAAUGUUCUAAAAUCCGCACUGUCACAGAACUGGCCAAAUUUCAACAACUUUACCCAGAAUUCAAUACCAACUGUACUAGACGCAUUUCGACGUCCAAUUUAAUUGUCAGGGAUUUGUGUGAUUUUGUUCCUAUUUCAAAGUUUUGGAAACCAGGCAAAAGGGUAGUUGAUGCAUGCAACACUCUGAAGCCUUAUACACCAGUUGCAACUUUUAGUUCCUCUACUUACCCCUUGGAUGGACUUGCCGGGGUAUUUUUGGGUUGUACCAAUACGUCUCUCAGAAUUGCAACGCAAGAAUGUGGUGGUAAAUUUGAAAUUCAGGAGUUUGCCCGACAUGCCACACAUUUUGAAACUUUCACACAUAUUGCCUCGAACUUCUAUGAAAUUACCUAUUAGCGAAUCAUGUACAUGGGUCUUAUGUCAUUGUAAUGU